AUGAAACUGCCACGCUUAAGUCCAACUCCUCCAUUCUCUCUUACUAGUUCAAUGAAUAGUAUUAGUCUACCUUCAUCAACUACCCUACAACUAACACCAGGUUUAACAAGUCCUUAUGAACUUAGUCCAAUAAACAGUUUUUCAUGUUCAGAUUCUCCGAACAAUUUAAAUGAAAUAACAAAUUCACCACUUACUGUUACUUCAUGUCCAUUAAAUGAAUCACCACGCUUUUUUAUUAGACGUUCUGGUUCUCAUACAAGAAAACUUAAAAGAAGAAGUACUGAACCAAUGAAGUCAAGUGUUUCAUUAGAAUUUACAAACAGGGUUGGGGCUGAAUGUGAACAAUUAUAUCCAAAAAAUCCAAAAAUUAAGCAAAUUAGUUUAAUAUCAAUUGAACAAUAUAAAGAUUUAAUUAAUUCUAAUUCACAAAGAGUUAUUACUAUUGAUUCCAGAUAUCCAUAUGAAUAUAAUGCAGGUCAUAUUAUUAAUUCUAUUAAUAUAUGGAAUGAUAAUGAAAUUUUUCAACAACUACAUCCAUUAGACGGAUUAGAUGAUAAUAUUAAACCUAUUCUUAUUAUUUAUUGUGAAUUUUCUCAAAAACGAGGACCACUUAUUGCAAAAAAAAUUAGAGAAUUAGACUGGAGUCAUAUGGAGGAAUCUAAUAGUUUUAAUUGGUUAUUUCCUGAGAUAUAUGUAUUAGAUGGUGGAUUUAAAAAUUUUUAUAAAAGAAAUAAAGAAUUAUGUUGUGGAGAAUAUGUAAAAAUGGAUGAUACUCGAUUUGUAUAUGAACACUCUUGUUAUGCAAAACAGUUAAGAUGUUGUUCUAUCUCUAAUAAUUCUUUCUUGGAUGGGGUUUCUCAUCUUUCUCAUUCUCAGUGA